GUAAAAGGACGGGAAACACCAGAGGAUAAAUGAUCACCACGCGGCACGAUACUGCGGACUAAAGGCGACCAGAUUUUUCCGAUAAGAUGAUUUCGAGGUACCAGAUACUCUGCGCAGUCUUGCUCUUCGGCACGGUUUUACUCUAUCAAACGAUGGCGCAAGUGGAUGGCUACACACCUGGUGUAGACUACCCGAUCUACAACACGGUGCCGUUCGGCCUGCAGUUUACCUGCGGAGGGAAGCUACCUGGGUACUACGCCGACCCCGAGGCCAGAUGUCAGGUGUGGCAUUGGUGCUUGCCGAACGGACGCCAAUACAGCUUCCUCUGCCCGAAUGGUACAGUCUUUAGUCAAACAACUCGCGUCUGCGACUGGUGGUUCAAGGUCGACUGCAACGACUCACCGAGAUUAUACGGCAACAACGACGAGCUGUACAGAGACGUGAACGGCAACAAGAUUUAACGGCUCUUCUCUCU